AUGUCCCAAAACGGACCCAUCAUCCUCAUCAUGAACCAGUAUGCAUAUCUGGGAAAGGGUAGAACUAUUCAUUCUAGUGCCCAGCUCGAGCACUACCACAACCAUGUUGAGGAUCGCGCUUGUACCGUGGGCGGAAACCAACGUAUCGUCACAUUAGACGAUUACAUUAUCCCGCUGCAUAUCAGGCAAGGCCUUCCUUAUAUGGAUAUGCGCUAUCCCACCAAUGAAGAGUUCGAGUCACUAUCCCAUGUUGUCAUCACCUCCGAUGUAGAUUGGGAUCCAUCCGUCUUAGACAACGAAAUUGACCUCUCUGUGGAAUGGUCCAGCAACUUUCUUGAUAUACCUGGUCACCCCUAUGUUGAACCACGCUUCGAUAACAACGGCCAAUAUCUUCACCGCCACGUCGCCUCGUGUUCAUCCCUUCGUGAAGGUGCACUCGACCGUUUAAUACAGUGUAAACAGCAUAAUAUUGCACGCAACGAGCAUGACUAUGAAGCGCUUCGUCCAUGUUUCGGAUGGAUUUCGGCUGACACCGUCCGAAAAACUCUCAUGGCCACAACCCAGUACGCACGAGAAGUACACAACGCCCCGUUGCGGAAGCAUUACAAGUCCCGUUUCCCAGCCUUAAAUGUACACCGGCGAAAUGAAUCCGUUGCCACUGACACCAUAUGGUCUGAUACCCCUGCCGUUGACAAUGGUGCUAAAUUCGCUCAACUCUUUGUUGGACGUCGUUCCCUCGUUACGGACGUCUAUCCUAUGAAAACGGAUAAAGAGUUUGUCAAUGCACUUGAAGACCACAUUCGUUAUCGUGGUGCCAUGGACAAACUGAUCAGUGACCGUGCACAGGUUGAAAUCAGUAAGAAGGUCACCGAUAUUAGACGCGCCUAUAAUAUCGAUCAGUGGCAGAGUGAGCCUAACCAUCAGCACCAAAAUUUCGCUGAACGCCGUAUUGCAACCAUCGAAGCCAAUACUAAUAAUAUUCUCAACCACACUGGUGCCCCUGAUUUCACGUGGCUACUUUGCGUCUCCUACGUUUGCUAUGUGUUCAACCAUUUGGCACACGAAUCUUUGAACAACCGCACACCCCUAGAAGUUCUUACUGGUUCUACCCCUGAUAUCAGUGUUCUUUUACAGUUCCACUUUUGGGAACCGGUUUAUUAUCGCCUUGACGAUGCGACAUUCCCUUCAGAUGGUACUGAACAACGAGGACGUUUUGUGGGCAUCGCGGAUUCCGUCGGGGACGCACUUAUUUAUAAGAUCCUCAACGACGGCACCAACAAAAUUCUAUACCGAUCUAGCGUUCGAUGGGGAGAGUGGUCCUAA